AUGGCAUUUUUCAGAAAUUUUCAGCCGAAUCUGCCUUCGGUGUCCUCUCUGGUGGACACCAUCACUGAUGCUGUGGAAGAGCUGACCACUGCUGUUGGGGAGGUCAGCUAUGCUUUAUCUGAUGUGGUUGCUGAACAGGUCACAAGCAUGAUACAUGGAUUUCGCCCAGAAGAGGAAAGCUCUUCAGCAGCUGAAGUUGUAGAUACUUCUAAGCAAGAGAAUGCCACGUUACCAGAAGUCUCCAAAGACACCAGUUGUCAGAAAACACCAUCCAAUUCAGAGCACAGAACAAGUCAAAGAAGUUACACCAAUACUUCAGCUUCACAGAGGCAAGGUCAAGGAGUAAGUGAAGAAAGAGCACUUAAACAUGUUAAUGGUAGGCAGCAGGCAGUGUCAGAGUGUCAAGGAACCAGUAACACGGGUGACUCUGUGGAAGGCCGCGUGAGUGACGGUGGGAUAUCACUGACGAAGCAGGAUGCAAGGGCCGGAGUUGCCGGUCAAGAACUGGGACACACUGACAGAUAUAAAAGAACUGGAUUGGGAGUUUCUGGUAAUGGGAAGAGUGAUUUAAAGGAGGUAAGGUAUCAACAGAUGCGAGAAAAUCAUUCAAAGAAAGCUGAGAAACAUAUUAAAAGUAAAGGGUCCAAAGGGAAUGAGUGUUCAGGAAAUGAAUGCUCUGCAAAAGGUGUUUUGGCAAGUGGUAGACCUAUGAUACAGAAAUCCAUUACGAAAGAAGACAUACAUUCGGCACCGUCAGCUAAUUCUAAAGAUAAGUUACACGGAAAAAUGAAAGAGCAAAUAAGUUCAACAAAAUGCUACAAAGGGAAAGGAGACAUAAAAACAAAGAAAAAUGAAGCCAAUUCUGCCAAAAAAGGAACAGCAAAGAAUAAAGAUGAGAAAUAUUCUAAGAUAAAACCAGAAAAAGAUAAUUCCUACAUGGACAAAGAUGAGCAUGGUUCGUCCUCUGAAAGUGAAGAUGAAGCAUUGGGUAAAUACCAUGAGGCCUUAUCCCGAACGCACAAUUCCAGACUACCACUGGUGGAUUCUAGACAAAAGAAUUAUACUUGGGAAACAAGACAAAAAUAUAGUCCUCUAUCUGCAGAGUAUGAUGGAUACAGUAGUGAAGCAUCAAUAGAUGAAGGAAACUGCAUUCAGAGAAUGAGAAGAACACCCCCACUGGAUGAAUUGCAGCCACCGCCAUAUCAGGAUGACAGUGGUUCUCCCCAUCUCUCAUGUACACCCUCAGAAAUUGGGGACAGUAAAUGUGAAUUUUCCCACUGCAGCAACAGUCCAAGAUGCUCAUAUAGCAAGUGCCCGAGUGAAGGAAGCACAGGUCAUGGAAUAGAAACUUUUCAUAACAAAGGAUGUGAAGAAGAUGUUCCAAGUGACAGCACCGCAGUCCUGAGCCCCGAAGAUAUGUCAGCUCAAGGAUCAUCUUCGCAGCUUCCUAAACCUUUUGAUCCUGAGCCAGAAGCUAAAUAUGGCACACUGGAUGUGACUUUUGACUAUGACUCACAAGAACAGAAGCUUCUGGUAACAGUGACAGCUGUCACAGAUAUCCCAACAUAUAACAGGACAGGUGGCAACUCAUGGCAAGUACACCUUGUUCUUCUACCUAUAAAGAAACAGAGAGCAAAAACCAGCAUCCAGAGAGGACCAUGCCCUGUCUUCACAGAAACAUUCAAAUUUAACCAUGUUGAAUCGGAGAUGAUUGGAAAUUAUGCAGUUCGAUUUAGACUGUAUGGUGUACACCGCAUGAAAAAAGAAAAGAUUGUGGGGGAAAAGAUUUUUUAUUUAACAAAAUUGAAUCUUCAAGGGAAAAUGUCAUUACCUGUGAUAUUGGAACCGUCUUACAAUCAUUCUGGUUGUGACUCCCAAGUGAGCGUGUCAGAAGUGUCCUGUAGUGGAAGCACAUCUUCCUGUCAGUCGCUUGAACAUGGCUCAGUUCCAGAAAUUCUCAUUGGCUUACUUUAUAACGCUACUACUGGAAGGCUCUCAGCAGAAGUCAUAAAAGGCAGCCACUUCAAAAACUUGGCAGCAAACAGACCACCCAAUACAUAUGUUAAAUUAACUCUACUGAAUUCCAUGGGUCAAGAAAUGUCUAAAUGCAAGACAUCCAUCCGCAGAGGGCAGCCAAACCCAGUAUACAAGGAAACUUUUGUAUUUCAAGUGGCCCUAUUUCAGCUUUCUGACGUGACACUUAUACUGUCUGUGUAUAACAAACGCAGCAUGAAAAGAAAAGAGAUGAUCGGCUGGAUUGCUUUAGGUCUGAACAGCUCCGGAGAAGAGGAGCUCAAUCACUGGACUGAAAUGAAAGAGUCGAAAGGACAGCAAGUUUGCAGAUGGCACGCGUUGCUGGAGUCAUGAUGGUCAGAACAAGAUUUGCAGCCCCAGGCGCCAUUAUUUCCAGGGACAGCGUUCCUGUGUUUACCUAGCCACCAUUAGAAGAGUUAUUCUUUGAAGAAUCAUCUUCAGCAUUCCACCAAAAUGUUUUAAGUUCUGUGGUAGAAUAUCUAAUACUGACAUAAGUGAAGAAAGGCUAUAUCUCCAGUAGAGCUUGUUUGGGAAGAUGAAAAACUAAUAUUGUCACUGUUAAAUUAACAGUCCUCUGGAGCUUUCAGAACAUGCUUUUGGGUUGAAGUUAAUUUUACUUUAGCAAAAGAGCCAGUCAUUUAUUCUAUCAAAAAUCAAAAUUAUAAAUGAUGUUUUAAUGAGAAUUUUAGUUGCAACACUAUUUGAGUAUCACACUACAUAUAAUCCGUAAAACAUUUUGACUGGCUUGUACCUGAUGUUUGAAAUGUGCUUUCAUAUGAGAAAGUAGUUCUCCAGCUCUAUUGUAAGUCAUAGCUGAUGGUGAAGGGUUUCAGUCACAUUGAAAAUUGUUUUAUUUCUGAUGUUUUUCCUUUAUGCACUUAGUUUCUUCAUGCCUCCGUUCUUCUCAGUAGCACUAAAUCUGAGUGCAAGCAAGAUUUCAUUGUCGUAAAGGUAUUUUUUAAUGUUAUUUUUAAAACUCAUUACUUCAUUUGCCUCUGCUUUUGCCUGAUCCAAAGAGACCAAGUCACUGUACUGGUCCCUUGCAAGUCUUCUAGACAGGUUGUACUGUAGAACUAUGUAACUUUCUGUUGAAAGCACUUCCUGUAUUCUUGUAUUCCAAUGUAGGAAGCUAAUAGAACAGGACCUUACAUUAAAAUUUCUUUCAAUGGUCGACUCUUUAAAGUUGUAGUAAUGUGCAAAUGCAUUUUUUACAAACUAAAAAA